AUGUCGGAGCUGAGCGAUGAAGCCAGCGAGUCAGAGCUGCUGAGCCGCAGCCUCUCCAUGUGGCAUGGGGUGGGUCAGAUGAUCUGUCGGGAAGAGCUGGAUGUGCCCCUGGACUUGCAUACCGCCUCCUCGGUCGGCCAGUAUGAGGUGGUGCAGGACUGUAUUCAGCGUGGAGAUCUAGAUUUAAAUAAGAGGAACUGCGGUGGCUGGACUCCACUGAUGUACGCCUCCUACAUUGGCCACGACACCGUCGUACACCUGCUGCUCGAAGCAGGAGUGAAUGUGAAUAUCCCAACACCAGAGGGCCAGACGCCACUCAUGCUGGCCUCCAGCUGUGGAAACGAAAGUGUCGCUUACUUUCUUCUGCAGCAAGGCGCAGAGCUGGAGAUGAAGGACAUCCAUGGCUGGACGGCCUUAUUUCACUGCACCAGCGCCGGGCAUCAGCAGAUGGUCAAGUUCUUACUGGACAAUGGGGCAAAUGCCAACUGCAAGGAGCCAGUGUAUGGAUAUACACCUCUGAUGGAAGCAGCUGCUUCUGGCCAUGAGAUAAUUGUUCAGUACCUUCUCAAUCAUGGAGCGAAGGCAGAUGUCAGAGAUAACACUGGGGCCACAGCACGAACACUGGCCAUGAAGUACGGACAUACGAAGAUCGUGGGGCUGAUAGACUUGCAUGCAGCCCCAGUGCCCAAGGUCUUCUGCAGGGGUCCAGGAAAAUACGAAGAGCUGAGCUCAUCAGAUGAGUCAUGUUCUGCUCCCCAGAGACAGAGACCUGUUCGGAGGACCAAGGGUCCCAGCAUCCAUGAUGGGCCCCAGGCUUUGGCUAAGAUAACAGCAGUUGGAAUCGGAGGAAAGAAGCAGUCUUGCUAUGAGCAGGUCCCUCCUCAAGGCUAUGUUACCUUCAAUGACGAUGGCAGCUGUGAAGCAGAUGAUAUACGGAACCGGGAUGUUACCUCCCCAAUUAAUGAGCAGGAUGUAGAGAGCAGCAGCAGCAGAGAAGAUAAUGUUUUCUUCAACAACAACUUAGCAGCUGUCAGGAGCAGCAGCAGCAGCAGUGACUGCCUGACCAAAGCUCUGGGUGUCAGCAGUGAAGGCUCCUUGGAAAGCAAUGAGGACUCUGACCAUGCAAACAGUCCCCCUAGUCGGAAACAAGCCAAGAGCUUUAAGAUCAAGAACCGCUACAGCAACAGUGAUAGCCAGUGGACCCACUGCCUGUGGAAAGCUGGGGGCUCUAGUCAGCACCUAAUCCUUCCUGAGCCCCCUGCCUAUACAGGGCCCCAGGACCUGGCAACGUUCCUUGAGCAGAUUGGGUGCCUGAAGUAUCUGCAAGUGUUUGAGGAGCAGGAUGUUGACCUCAGGAUAUUCCUAACCCUCACAGAGAGCGAUCUGAAGGAAAUUGGCAUCACUUUGUUUGGCCCUAAGAGGAAGAUGACUUCUGCCAUUGCACGGUGGCACAGCAACGCUCGGCCGCCCAGUGAUGCCCUGGAGCUGGCCUACGCUGAUCGACUGGAGGCUGAGAUGCAGGAGCUGGCCAUUCAGCUGCACAAGAGGUGCGAAGAGGUGGAGGUGAUGAAGGGUCAGGUGUGCCAGGAGCAGAAGCUGCGUGCCGUGGCUGAGAGCUGUUUGAUGGAGCGGGAUGAGACCUGGAACGCCAUCCAGUGCCAGCUCAGAGAGGCUCAGGCCAUCACCAAGGAUGCUGGAGUUCUACUGGAUCAGAUUAAAUCCUGUCAAGCAGAGCUGUCCUCCCGGCUAACCCAAGAGCAGGCAGUCAGCGGAGCACUGGAUGCAAAGGUGCAGCUGGGAGCUGGCGAGAGCAGGCGGCCUGGUGAGCGCCCGAUGCUGGAAGGAUGGCCACCUUCCUUGAAAUCCCUGAGCUUGCCUGAGCUGUCAGCUGUCCUAGAGGAGCGUGUGGAAGAAAUGGGAAAAGCUCUGCAGACUGUGACUCAAAACCUCCAAAGGCUACAAGCCCCAGGGCAGAGCUGGCUAGAGCCUUAA